UGGGCAGGCGAAAGGCGCCCGGAGAGAGGCCGCCGCCCGUGGGUCUCCGGCCCCGCGUAACCCCUCCGCGCCGGGACGCGAGUGCCCCGCGGGUGCCCGGCAGCGAAGAGAGAAGGGGGGCAGGUUCCAGCCCGAGGGGCGCGGCCGCGGAGCCACCUCCCUCCCGCCCUGUCUCCCUCCCUCGCUCCCUCCCUCCCGGCGCGGCGCGGAGCACGGCGGGGCGAUGUGGCGGUGGCGGUAUGUCAGCAGCCGGCAGCUGGAUGGCUUCCGCCGGUACAAGUACAGUGCUGUGGAUACAAAUCCUUUAUCUGUGUAUAUUAUGCAGCCCAUCUGGAACAAAAUUAUCAAGAUAGUGCCUUUGUGGAUUGCUCCCAACCUGUUAACAUUCUCUGGAUUUGUCAUGAUUUUAGCUAAUUAUUUUCUAAUCUCUUUUUAUGACUGGGACUACACUGCCUCAGGUACCAGUCCUGGACUUGUCCCCACCUGGGUGUGGCUGUUCAGUGCUUUUACCACCUUCUGUGCUUAUGCUUUAGACUCCAUAGAUGGGAAACACGCUCGCAGGACUCAAUCCAGUAGUCCUCUGGGAGAAUUAUUUGACCAUGGGCUGGAUAGCUGGGCUACCUCCAUUUUUGUGCUUUCCUUCUUUUCUGUCUGCUCCCGAGACACUGGGAAGGCUGGAGUUUCUGUAUAUACCAUGUAUAUAUAUUUAAGCAUUGUCUUGUUUAACUUCAUGUGUUCGCACUGGGAGAAAUACAACACAGGAGUUCUUUUUCUUCCUUGGGGAUACGACAUAAGCCAAGUGGUAUUAGUAGCAGCCUAUCUACUCACUGGUGCUUUUGGUGUGGAAGUCUGGCAGAAGCCUUUCCUGUUUGGUUAUUACAUUACAGAUGCAUUAGUAAUCUUGCUUAUAGGCUUCAGCUUAUUCCUUUCAUUUCCACAAACACUGUACAACAUUCACAGAGCACAUAUAAAGAAAACGCUGAAGAAUGAUUCUUUGUAUGAAGGACUCCUACCUCUUGUGUCACCUCUGCUGCUGUUCCUGCUUCUUACAGUCUGGGUGGUUCUGUCUCCAGGCAACAUACUAUCAAAGCAACCAAGACUCUUCCUGUGGAUGGUUGGGGUUGCUUUCUCAAACGUUAUUUGCAAGGUGAUCAUUUGCCAGAUGAGCAGCACCCAGCCAGAGCUCUUCCACUGGUUCCUCUUCCCGCUGGCACUGGUGGUCUACGCAGCCAUCUCUGGGCUGCUGGGCUGGACAGAAGAAGCAGUGCUCAUCGUGUUCACCCUGCUGCUCACAGCUGCCCACGUGCACUAUGGGGUCUGUGUGGGCAGGCAGCUGAGUGAGCACCUGAACAUUUACAUCUUUUCCCUGAAGAAACGUGUCCAGGAGUGAACACCUGCACUCUGCUCAGACUGUAACCCUUGGUGAUUUACAACUCUUCUGAUGUGAUACAAAGUUGGAACUGAGCUGAUUAGAACAACCAAAGAAUAGAAUAGUUGAUACCCGAACUACAGCGACAAUGAGCUAUGCAGAAGAUGCUUCAUCUCAGAGGAAGAUUCCUGUCCAGCAGAGAAGUGUUUGCCCAGUUGUUCUGCUGCUAAUAUUUAUUCUCCUCACUAAUGCCAUGCUAUGACUGUCCCUGAAGCUUUUGUCUCCCUGGUCCUCCCCACUGUGCCCAAAGUCCUGGAUCAAUCCACGCUGGGUCACAUGAGAUCCCUGAUGGUUUAUAACCAGCACUGGCUUUGCCCAGCCUGCUCACCAGUGGGACUCUGGCAAUGCAAACCCUCCCUUUAUGUCCUUCCCACUCAGACAUCUGUGCCUGCUUCAUUUUCCAGAUUUAUUUUCUCACAACCCAUUCCUUCCAUACAACCUCCUGAAGGGCUUCCACACAUUCAGUGUUUUCUGCACCUCAGAUGGAGGUGUGAAGAAAAGAGAAUGAGCUCAGCAAGCUGUGGACAUGGUCAAGUGGAUUUGAAACACAGGAUUUCUGCCCCUCCCCGCCCCCAGUACUCACAGCUGACCUGUAUCUGUCAGAAAUGCAGCCUCCCUGCAGCAGCAACUGCCCUUUGCACUUGUUUUCUAGGCAGUAACAGGCACAGAGCUGAUAUUUCAGUAGCAAUAAGCAACACACUCUCCAAAGGUAACCAGCUGAGGGUAAAUGUGGCCAGCAGACCUUUGAAGAUUCUCAUAUUUCACUGCAAAAGUAGUUAGUGAAACCUCAUCUAGGAGUGCAGAGUGCUAAACAAAUCAUGAUUUGCCUGUGUGCUCAACCCAGAUCCUUGGGGUUUUUAGAUACUGACCAAAAAAAUAUGAGACAAGAGAAGCUUUUUUUGACCCCUCACACGUUUGCAUGUAGCUGUUACCUGCUCACUUCAUCUGGCAUGGAUGUCAGCUUCCUGCAUGCCUCGGAGGAAGGAGCAGGAAUUUGAGUUUCA